GCUCGCGCAGAGCCACUGGAGGCAGUCGAACAUCACACCUCGAGCUCAACAGGAGGAGAGGAGGACAACAGCAAAGUCUCCACACAUACAAACAGCCCCAAGUCCGCGCUUACUUCAACACAAGGAUUUCUCUUAGCGUUAAUGGAUACUCCCACCUUCGCAUGUCAUUUCCACUGCAUUUUAAAACAUGAAACGCGCAUAGACUUUAAAUCGCUUCUUCCGCGCGCAGACAAGGACAGAGGGAAGAGACGUGCGUACUGUCCAAACUAACUGCAAAGACGCAGGAUGGCUAAAGAGACCAGAGGGAAAGCGACCCUGCGCAAGCACAGCGCUUCUCACUGGCGCAUGCAGAACAUCGCCCAGGAAUCUGUCGACAGCUCGGAUGAUGAGUUUUUUGAUGCCCGAGAGGUGCUGGAGGGGAAGACGGCCAUGCUUUUGGGGAUGAGUCAGUGGAACUCUAAUGAUCUGGUUGAACAGAUAGAAACCCUGGGCCACAUUGACCAGACGCAGGAGAGUCUGUACCGCAUAAGGAGGUCGAAAUGUGUCCCUCAGACUAGCAUUGACGGUCUAGAGGAAGCUGAGAAGAAAUGUCAAACACAUGUGCUGGUGCUGGUGGUUCACGGAGGGAACAUACUGGACCCGGCGGGUGGAGAGCCGGGUGCAAAGACCGCAGAUGUAAACACCCUGUCUUCAGUGCUGGAGAAAGUAUCUCAAGCUCAUUUCCAAGCUGCAGCCCAGCAUGUCGUCAUCAAGUUGGUGCCGUGCCCAGCCGUAUGCGCAGAGGCCUUCUGCCUUGUGUCAAAUCUGAACCCUUACAGCUACGAUGAGAGUUGCGUGUCCAGCAGUGUAGACCAUCUACCUCUGGCCGCUUUACCGCUGCUCGCCAUAGCUGCUCCACACUACCAAGAUGCCGUUGCGACUGUGAUUGCCCGGGCCAACCAGGUGUACCACACCUUUCUGCAGUCUCCAGAGGGACAGGGGUUCACAGGGCAGGUGUGUUUGUUGGGCGACUGUGUGGGAGGUGUGCUGUGUUUCGACGCUCUCUGUUUCAGCAACAGCCCUCGACACAGCAGCCCCAUCCACAGCAGCCGACAUAACAGCACAGAGAGCUUACAGGAUAACCCUGAGGUCAGUCCGAGCCUGAGCUCCAGCAAACGUCUUAGCAGGAGCAACAUCGACCUAUCUGCCCCCAGUGAGACCCGCAACAGGAAAACUCCACUCAGCCGCAAACAGAGCGACUCGUAUGAUGCAGACUCCUCUGGCAGCCAGCACCACCCAUUCCUCAGCAGUUUGAUACAGGAUGGAACGGACCUCAGACCAAGCAGCAGCCCCAGUAUACUGUUGAAUCCAGGUCGCUUUGACUUUGAGGUGACAGAUUGUUUUCUACUGGGCUGUCCUCUUGGAUUGGUGCUAGCCAUGAGACGCACAGUGCUUCCCGCCGUCCAGGUGUCUCAGCUCCGGCCUGCAUGUUCACAGAUCUUCAACCUGUUUUACCCCUCCGACCCGUCAGCCUCCAGACUGGAGCCCUUGCUGCACACCCAAUUCCACAAACUGCCUCCGUUCCCUGUGCCCCGCUACCAGCGCUACCCUCUGGGAGACGGCCGCUCCACCCUUAUCGUCAAUGAAAUCCACAGCUACCCUGACGUGUUCCUGCCCGGCGGUAGUGCAGUUCCGGUGGGCGCUUCGCACUCCUCCUCUCCCCAGACGGAACACAACACACGUGGGCGGGUUGGUGGUGAGGUCCGCAGGUCCAGUUUGACCAGCAUGGACAGCCAGUUAUCAGGCUGCUGGGAGAGCAGGCUGAGCAGCACCAUCGCCAACAUCUCCAGCGCAUGGUGGGGGUCUAAGCGGUUGGAUUAUGCUCUGUACUGCCCGGACGUCCUGACGUCAUUUCCCACAGUGGCUCUGCCUCACCUGUUCCACGCUUCCUACUGGGAAUCCACCGACGUGGUCGCCUUCCUUUUGCGACAGGUGAUGCACUGUGACUAUGUGAAAGGCCAAGAGACAGACAACUCUGACUCCGCCCCCUUCUCCCCUUCAAGUCCAAGAGAGAAGUGGCUACGCAGACGCACACACGUCAAGCUUAGGAAUGUCACUGCCAACCACAGAGUCAAUGAUGUCAUCGCAACCGAGGACGGGCACCAGACCCUGGUUGGUCGUUUCAUGUACGGUCCUCUGGAUAUGGUAACCCUGACUGGCGAAAAGGUCGAUGUGUACGUGAUGACCCAGCCGCAGUCGGGUCGCUGGGUGCACUUAGACACCGAGGUGACCAACAGCAGUGGCAGAGUGACCUACACAAUCCCCAAAAGCAAAAAGCUGGCCGUGGGAGUCUACCCCAUCAAAAUGGUUGUCAAGGGUGACCAGACGAGCGCAGAGGCCUUCCUGACUGUGUUGCCACGGGGGAUGGAGUGUGUCGUCUUUAGCAUCGACGGUUCAUUUGCCGCUAGCGUCUCUAUUAUGGGCAGUGACCCUAAAGUACGGCCUGGAGCUGUGGAUGUGGUCAGACACUGGCAGGACCUGGGCUACCUGAUCAUUUACAUCACUGGCCGUCCAGACAUGCAAAAGCAGAGGGUUGUGUCCUGGCUGUCUCAACACAACUUCCCACAGGGAAUGAUCUUCUUUUCGGAGGGGUUGGUGCACGACCCACUUCGCCAGAAAACCAUCUUCCUCAGGAACCUGGUGCAUGAGUGUCACAUUAAAAUCAACUGCGCCUACGGCUCCAUGAAGGAUAUUUCCGUCUAUAGCAUGCUGAGCCUCAGCCCAAACCAGAUAUAUAUAGUGGGACGGCCCUCCAAGAAGUACCAGAAUCAGUGCCAGUUUCUGAGCGAGGGCUACGCGGUACAUCUGUCCUCCCUGCAGUUCAGUCACAGAGCCCGGCCCAAGAAGAGCUCUUCAGUGCGAAUGGUGCUUCGAAAGGGUUCAUUUGGUCUGUCAGCCAAACCGGACUUCUUGUGUAAGCGCACACACCUUCGUCGCACAAUGUCGGUGCAGCAGCCUGAUCCGCCCAUGACACCCAACCCUAAGCCAGAACGAGCACAGAGCCAACCCGAGUCGGACAAGGACCAUGGGGGUGGAGGGGGUCCAGGCCAUGCCCUGUGGGCACGGGGGUCCAUGCACCGUGGUGAUACCACUCCCUGACCCAAGAGAAACAUAGGAGGGAUAUAAAAAGGACUAAUGAGAAUGAUCUCUUGGUGGACAGAUCCUAGCAUCUUUACUACUUCUGCUGAUAUUACACACCAUAUAAUAAGACAAAUCCCACCUGAGCUGAUAAAAACUCCUGCGGAAGUGGCAUCCGCAUGGAUCAGACACGACGGCACACAAACUUUGGAGUUGUACGUCAGGAGCUUCUGGAUUUAUUUAGCAUCCUACGAAGGAUUCCUCGCAUCACCCGUCAGGAAGAAAGAGGAUAUCUGAUAAGAAAAAACAUCAAAUUUCCUCAUGCCUAAGCAAUACGGAGGAAAAGGGAGGGCAAGUAUCCCGCUGCUCGGACAGGUGGCAGCGAUGACUCUUGCAAUAAUCCCUCUGUUUUAAUAUUGCAGGCAUUUGUCUGCUCUCUGGGCGGCUGUCUACGGCCUGCUUGUGGCCAGACGGACUUGCAAAACUGUACAUUAACCUUUUGUGCCAGUGUGGCGACCUGCUCUGAACUCUUGUCGCCCCUGUCUCUGUUCAGCCACUCAGCCAGAACAGAGUCUGACAGCGAUGGCCACUGCUACUGAACUCCGCCCACUCCUCUGAUGGGUCAACUUGCAGCACUCUGGUAUACUGCAGAAGCAUAUUUAUAACCAUCGGUGGUUUUUCUUGUGCCUGUCUCUUACCUGUGUUGUAUAUAUAAGUGGCACUGAGACCAACAUAGUAUGUUUGAUGUAUAUGAGCGUGGCAAUAGCUGACUGCAGCAGUGCUCACACUACAAAUAAAACAUUAGCUUAAUCAGUAUUUUUGUCUCUUUUUCCAGUACAAGUAUUUAAACAUCCUUAAAACAAGAUGAAUUUACUUGAAACAUAAGAUUUCUUUUCAGACAGUAUAUUAUGGAAGUAAUUUAAUGACAAAUGUUUUUGAUAUAAAAAAGCUUGUUCAAUUGCACUAAUUGAAAAAAUAUGCACUGCAUUUACCGUGCUUGCAUUUUAAUUUUUAUGGGCUGAAAUUCGACAUUUAAGCUAUGAAUAUUUCACAUCAAAACAUUUCACAAAUAUUAUUAAAAAUUCAGUAAUCCAUAUUCACCUUUCAGAUUUCACUUCUGUUUAAAAAUACAACCUGUAAUAUUCGAUCCAAUUUUCGGGUCCAUUUUAUUUUGCUUUACAAAUUCGCUUCCACAAAUUCAGUGCUUCAAAUUCGACAGAAAAUUCAACAUUGCACAUAUGGGAACUGCAGGAAUAGCAGUCGAGUACCGAUGCAUAAUCUCUAUCUGCUGUUAAUCUUCCUCACCAGCAGGUGGUGCAAGUGGCUGUAGACGAAGACCAGAGCAACAUCUAGAAAGAGUCCAUUGUUGCUAAGAAUUGGAGAAUCGUCUCGCUGCAGCCUGCGGUGGACAUCCAACCUGGCCCACAUCCAAGUGUGAUGUCGGAAGCCACGCCCGUACCGCCCUGCAGCCGAUUCUUAAGAUUCUAUUUGUCAUGUCAAUCAUAGUACUGAUUGCCUACACCCAACACUGAUCCCUAAACUUACCUGUCACUGUAACCAAUGAAAUUACCUGCAGGGCGGGAUUUCUGGUGAAGUGGUUUAGCGGGGAGUCACGAGGGCAUGGGCGUGGCUUCUGACGUCACACUCGGAUGUGGGCCGGGUUGGAUGUGCAUCGCAGGCUGCAGCGAGCCCUACUUUAAGAAUUGGGCUACUUUAACACAGUUGCCAUGGGUUGUUUUACAUGUCCGCGGGUUGAAGCGACCCCAAAUAACAUGAUAUCCAAAAUAACAUGAACCCCCGGAAUGCAAUUUUUACCAGGGAACCCCUCUGAAAUGCGAUUGGGCUAGUUUUAGGCUAGUUUUGAGUAGCAAUUGGGUGGGUUUUAUUGUGAAAACCUGGCAAUCCUGAGAGAGUCAUUCAUUCACAAAAACAGAUUUACAGAAAUGGAGCAAGCACUAAGUAUAUGUGGUGAUAUUACAUCUGAGGAAGACAUAUAAAAGCAAGACAUAGGAGAUUUCUUUCAAAAACACACUGUAAAAAGUAAUAUGCUAUAUCUACUCUAUAAAAUUUUGGCAACAGAUUACAAGAAAUAUUAUUAAUUAAAUUCAACAAAUUGAGUUAGAAUUACUCACAUUAAUUUCUUAAAUGUCAACCAUUUAAAACAAGAAAAAUUUAAACGAAAAUAUCUGAAAAACAGACAGACGUCAAAGAUGAAUUAAGAACUCUUUAUUUUGUUGCCAACAUUGAAGACACCUGAUGAUAACAAGCAGAAUCACUGAAGAAAAAAGAAACACAAGAAUUAACAGAGGUUUAGAUGUUGGUGUUGAUUUUAUUGAAAAUGUUUGGUCACUAUUAUGGUGAUCGGUGUUUCAUUUAGUUGGGCAGUUUGACUCUUUGCUUUUAAUGUCAGUUUGUGGUUUUUGUAAUGUUGUUUGCUAAUUUACAUUUUAAAUGGUUGACUUUUAAGAAAUUCAUUUGAUUAAUUCUAACUCAAUUCUUAUGUUGAAUUUAAUUAAUAAUAUUGCAUGUAACCUGUUGCCACAAUUUUAUUGAGUAGAGAGAGCGUAUUACUUUUUACAGUGCAUUCAAAUAUCUUACUGACCCCAAACUUUUGAACGUUAGUGUGUAAAUUCAAAAUAUAUUCUCUGAAUACAUGUCUUAAUAUUUGUUUUUUAUGUUGUUUCUCAGGUAAAUGCAUCUUGUUAAGAAUAUUCAGAUAUAUUGACUGAAAACCAAAAAUAAAAAAUCUGAUUAAGAAAUUUUUUUUUUUUGUAGUGCACCUUAACUGGCCAAAUUACCGUUUUAAAUUUGUAUCGUAAAGUGACUGUGAUUGUUAAGAUGUCCUUAUGUCACAUUAAUCGGUUUUAUCAGUACAACGACACAUUGAUAUUGUUUACAUGUAAAUCCAUCGCACUGAGUAUGAUGGUCUUGUUGAAGAACAUACUAUAUUAGUAUUUUAUGCUAUACUUGAGGAUAACCUUGGUGUUACAAUAAAUAAAAGUAAAUAAACUACUGUGUUUGAACAAAAGACACUAUCAGGCCACUCUAAUGCUGGUGUCACCAUGAGGGUGUCCAUAGUCAGUAGUUCUUGUAAUGUCAUUUUUUUCCUAUUGCAAUUACUGAUUUUUGGUAUUUUGUAUGGGGCUGUCUAUUGAAAAUUGUAAUUUUACAGCUAAAGUAUUUAUUAUGUAAUUUUAUUUUCUUGUAUAUUUAACUGUAAUUCUUUAUAUUACCCUGGAAACUGUGUGAAAGUGGGUAGGCAUGAGUGUUUUGGUCUGUGUGGGUCUGUAUCUAUAUGUGUGCAUGUACAUUACGUGUAUGAGUGUUAGUUUGGAGAUUUUUGUAUUUAUUGUACAUAUUUUUAAUUCAGAAAUCGUGCUAGUGGCCUUUUGAUCCUCUGAUAGUUAAAGUUUUAAACUGAGCCUGUAAUUUGUGUAGAUUUUAUAGGCAGAAUUUUUAAUUCUUUCGUGUGUGUGAUCAUUGAAACGACAUUGCCGAAUUGUCAAUAUACUGUAUAUGGACGUGUUUUCAGCCUUAUCAAGAUGUAUAUUUAUUUGUCUAAUAUCUAUAUUCUCAGAUGGUGUGUGAAAAAGUAUAUUUGUAUUUUAAAAACAUGUAAAGUACAUAUUCAAUACUCAACUGUGUCAGUGGCCUCCCAUAAAAGGUCUCUUGACAAACAUGUAUUAUUGUGGUAUUUGGUCCAGUCAGUCUAUUUCAGUGGAUGUGCUUCUGUUGGGCCUAUACCGAGCUGUAUACUCACUCAAUAAACCAUUGUAAAACCUG